AACUGGUUUAGUGGUCCUUCUUUUUUGACACAGCCGAGUACAGACACGUCACACUGUGACACAUUUGCUCUCAUCGAACCUGACGCAGAUGCAGAGAUUAAACCUGAAAUCAAGACAUUUGUUACUCAAGCUUCAGUAACACAGUUCGAGUCACGUCGUUUUGAAAGAUUUUCUCAUUGGAUGAGAUUAUGCCACACUGUUGCAUCAUUAAAACGUGUAACAGCAUCUUUCAAGAAAACAAACUCAGAAAGUAAAGGCUGGAAGUGUUUCAGUGUAACUAACACCCCAAAUGAGCUCGAGAAAGCAGCGAAAUUCAUCAUUCACACAGUUCAGACUGAAACAUUCAAAGAAGAGUACAGGUGCAUAAAAGCAAACAAGCCACUUCCAAACCUAAGCUGUCUCAAAAAGUUAAAUCCAAUCAUCGAUGAAGAUGGGCUCCUCAGAAUAGGAGGACGCUUGGCACCUGCAAAUUUGACAAAAGAGGAAAAACAUCCACUCAUCAUCCCAAAUGCUCACCAUGUAGCCGUCCUUCUUAUCAGAUACUAUCAUGAGAAGGUAGCACAUCAGGGACGCCACCUAUCAGAGGGUGCGCUCAGAGCAGCUGGAUUUUGGAUCAAAGGCAGUAAAAGACUCGUCUCUUCUGUAAUUCACAAGUGUGUUCUCUGUCGAAAGCUUAGAGGACAACUACAGACACAAAAGAUGGCGGAUUUACCCAUUGACAGACUUACACCUAUGCCCCCAUUCACCAGCGUAGGACUGGACGUUUUUGGCCCCUGGUCAGUCAUCACACGUCGCACCAGAGGAGGAAGUGCAGACAGUAAACGCUGGGCUGUACUUUUCACCUGUAUGUCCACAAGAGCUGUGCACAUUGAACUCAUAGAAUCAAUGUCAACAUCCAGCUUCAUUAACGCAUUAAGAAGAUUUUUCAGCAUCCGUGGACCAGCUCAAAUACUUCGUUCAGACAGAGGUACCAACUUUGUUGGCGCAUGCAACGAACUCAAAAUUGAUCACAAAGACACAGAACUGACCUCCUACCUACAGGAGAAAGGAUGUACAUGGCUUUUCAACUCCCCACACUCCUCACAUAUGGGAGGGGCAUGGGAAAGACUCAUCGGAGUCGCACGACGAAUCCUGGAUGGAAUUCUUUUAAAAGCCACAAAUGUCCAACUCACUCAUGAAGUGCUGAGUACUUUCAUGGCGGAAGUAAUGGCAAUAAUGAAUGCGAGACCACUCGUACCAGUAUCAACAGAUCCAGACAAACCAAACCUUCUCACACCAGCAACUCUUCUAACCCAAAAGACCAACACGUUAACUGCCCCAACAGGAAACUUUGCACCUCCCGACCUCUACGCAAAGCAAUGGAAGCAAGUGCAGUGCAUGGCGGACACUUUUUGGAAACAGUGGAGAAGUGAAUACCUUUCCUCUCUGCAACAAAGGAGAAAAUGGACAGACGAUAAACCAAACAUAAAAACUGGUGACAUUGUGCUAUUGAAGGAUGUUCUUGCACAUAGAAAUGACUGGUGUAUGGGAAGAGUUGUGAAAACAUUUGAGAGUAAAGACAAUAAGGUUCGAAAAGCAGAAGUUAAAACUGUGAAAGAUGGAAAUGUGAAAUUGUUUAUGAGACCAAUUUCAGAUUUGGUUUUGCUACUACCAGUUGAGAAGUAAUCUCGUAUGUUGUUGUAAUUGUUCAAAACAAAAAAAAACAACAAAAAAAGUGUUUUGUAGUGGCACAAUUGUAUUGUACCAGGCGAGGAGUGUUCUGCCCUUUGGUGAGUUUUGUAGAAGGCUUUUUUGUGCUGUCCAGCAGCGAACUCUAGUGGUCGCCUCGCGACAUGGUUUUUUGUUUUUCUAGCCAAUUCAAUAUGGCUGCACGACGUCUCUGGCUGAAGCCUAAGUUGCAACGUUGUGCUCACAUGAUCCUUGGACAAGAUUUGUCCGGCAAGACACCUGUUGCCAGGGCCAUCCCAAAUAAAAGGCCAGGUGAAGGAGGGGCUAGUUAGAACGAUCGCGGAAGCUGUAUUUUGUAGUCCAGCCUUCUCCCUGCAAGCUUUUCAAGUUCAGGCCAUGGACAGCCUCCAAAAUGUGCAAGAGCCAUUUC